AUGUUAUUUAAUAAAUUAAAUCAAUUUUAGUAAAAUCUAUUAGAAUUUUUUUUUAUUAUUUCAAUUUUUUAUUAACUUCAAGGGCUACUUUUAAUUUUCUAAAUUAAAAUAUUCCAAAAUAUUAUUCACAUCCAAAAAUUGUUAAAUGUAAUCUAAGAACAAUAACUUAUUCAAGCAGAAUUAAAACAUUAAAAGGAAGAAAAUCAGUAAUAAUUCGAUAAUGAUGAUAUACCAAAUAACUUACUGUCAAAUGAUGCCGAUAAUAAUAAACUUUAAGAGUAGAAGCUUAUUAAUAAGAUGUUUUUUGAAAGAUUUACAGAAAUAGAUACAAAUAUUAGAAUUUAUCAUAUUUUUAAACUAAAAUAAUAUAUUCUCCAAAGACAGAAGAUUAUUUAUAUAAGUCUUAUCAAUUAUUCACUUUAAAAAAAAAAAAAUUUAUUAUAUCAACAAGUAAUAAAGAAAUAGAAACUGAGAUCUUAGUAGACUUUAGAAUGAAUUUAGUGAAUAAAAAAUUUAUAAAUGAGUAUGAUUUCAAUUUAUCUUUUGUAUAGAUUAAUUAAUAAAAAAGAAUGUUAAAGAAAAACCAAUGUUUAAAGAAAUGAAAAAAAACCUUAAUAAUCAAGGCCUGAUCUACAGAACACCUUUGAUUCAUUAGUUUCCAAACAGAAUGUAAAUAUGAAUAAAAAUAUAUUUUAAAAUUCCAAUCAAAAACCUAUAGAGAUAAAUUGUUAGUAUAGUAGAAGAUGA